CUGACUGGAGGCGGACCCACCCUGCCGGCCAGCUGCCUUUCUAGAGCCCAGCACUUGGGCGCCCUGCCCUCACCUGCUCUCUGUGGGGCAGCUGCCUCCUGCUCGUCCGGCCAUGCGGUGGCUGUGGCCCCUGGCCAUCUCUCUUGCUGUGGUGUGGGCUAUGGGACUGAGCAGGGUCUCGGCAGGUGCCCCUCUGCACUCUGACAGGAGUAGAGCUGAGGUCCUGGAGCAGCAGAGCCGACCCAAGAGAGGCACUGAGGAUGAGGAGGCCAAAGGGGUGCAGCAGUAUGUGCCCGAGGAGUGGGCUGAGUACCCUCGGCCCAUCCACCCUGCUGGCCUGCGGCCCACCAAGCCCUUGGUGGCCACCAGCCCCAACCCAGACAAGGAUGGGAGCACCCCAGGCAGUGGACAGGAGCUGAGGGGCAAUCUGACAGGGGCGCCGGGGCAGAGGCUGCAGAUCCAGAACCCCCUGUAUCCAGUGACCGAGAGCUCCUACAGUGCCUAUGCGGUCAUGCUCCUGGCCCUGGUGGUGUUUGCUGUGGGCAUCGUGGGCAAUCUGUCAGUCAUGUGCAUCGUGUGGCACAGCUACUACCUGAAGAGCGCCUGGAACUCCAUCCUCGCGAGCCUGGCCCUCUGGGAUUUUCUGGUCCUCUUUUUCUGCCUUCCUGUUGUUAUCUUCAAUGAGAUCACUAAGCAGAGGCUGCUUGGUGACAUUUCUUGUCGGGCUGUGCCCUUCAUGGAGGUCUCCUCUCUGGGAGUCACAACCUUCAGCCUCUGUGCCCUGGGCAUUGACCGUUUCCACGUGGCUACCAGUACCCUGCCCAAGGUGAGGCCCAUCGAGCAGUGCCAGUCCAUCCUAGCCAAGCUGGCUGUUAUCUGGGUGGGUUCCAUGACCCUGGCCGUGCCUGAGCUCCUGUUGUGGCAGCUGGCACAGGAGCCUGCCCCCACCACGGGCACCGUGGACUCAUGCGUCAUGAAGCCCUCGGCCAGCCUGCCCGAAUCCCUCUACUCACUGGUGAUGACCUACCAGAACGCCCGCAUGUGGUGGUACUUUGGCUGCUACUUCUGCCUGCCCAUCCUCUUCACCAUUACCUGCCAGCUGGUGACAUGGCGGGUCCGGGGCCCCCCAGGGAGGAAGCCGGAGUGCCGGGCAGGCAAGCAUGCGCAGUGUGAGAGCCAGCUCAACAGCACAGUAGUGGGCCUGACUGUGGUCUACGCCUGCUGCACUCUCCCAGAGAACGUCUGCAACAUCGUGGUGGCCUACCUCUCCACUGAGCUGACCCGCCAGACCCUGGACCUCCUGGGCCUCAUCAACCAGUUCUCCACCUUCUUCAAGGGCGCCAUCACCCCUGUGCUGUUGCUGUGCGUCUGCAAGCCGCUGGGCCAGGCCUUCCUGGACUGCUGUUGCUGCUGCUGCUGUGAGGAGUGUGGCGGGGCCUCAGAGCCCUCGGCAACCAACAGCUCGGACAACAAGCACAAGACCGAGGCGUCCUCCUCCAUCUACUUUCACAAGCCCAGGGAGUCACCUCCACUCCUGCCCCUGGGCACGCCUUGCUGAGGCCUGAGCAGGUGUCUGCUCUUUCUUUCCCCAUAGGUCUUGCUCUGCUGCCCGUCUUGCUGUCUAGAGAUGGAUUUGGUUCCUCUUUUUGAGGUUUGGGAAGGGCAAAGGCCCCUCCCUAAGCAGGGCCUUCCAGUCAUUUGAGGGGCCUUCCAGCUCUGUCCUUUCCACCAGCGGGCAGUGAUGCCUCUAGGUCCUUAGAACUGCCUGGAAACUCAGUCCCAUCAGCUGGGAGCCAGGACUUUGCCUGCCCUCUCUUGGUUCCAGCCCUCUUCCCGCUCUCUGCCUAGAAACCUGACGAUACUUUUCAUUGUGCCCUCUCUGAGCAUCAUCUCCCCAUCUUCACCCUGGAGCCCCAUCCUGGAAUAGGAGACUCCUUGGGAGGAACCCAACUUGGUUCACUACCCUCUUCUCUGGAGCUGAUCUGUCCCAGCCCUGGACACCUCUGUUACUGGCACUUUCUUUCCUUCUGGAGGUUGUCUCUCUCUUUCCUCCUCUCUUUGAGAUGCCCUGUCCAGUCCCCCUUGUUAGGUGCUUUCCCAUAGAAGGCCUAUCUUGAAAAACAAUAAACUAGGUAGAGCUAUC